AUGUUCCUAUUUUUAUUAUUAUAUUUGAUAGAGAGUAGGCAGAUUGAGAGCUGCAAGCAAAACAUGGACUCCUUUCAGAUAAAAGGUUUGAAAAUGCACCUUCAUAACUGUAGGGAUUCAUUUUUGUGUGAGUGACCAUCAUUAAGCUAAAGAGGCACGUAAUUAGGUGUUGUAGGAUUCUGUGAGCUAGAAUAAAGUUAAAGCAAUAGUGCAAGAGAUAGAAGGUUUAGAUAAUCAGAAUCCGUUUUGGUAUUCAGACCUGGCAAUAUAUUUGAACAUAGAUGAAAUUCAUAUAACAGGGGGUUUAAUUGAUCAUUCUUAGAAUGUAUAAUAGAUUAUGUAAAAUUUAAGGUUAGUAUUGUAAAUUAGUAGAUAAGAAUUACCAAACAUGUUUAUUUUAAGAAUUUGAUAAACAAAGAACUUAUGAUAACAAAUAUAUUCACUUCAUCUCCUCUUUUAAAGGUAGAGUUUGAGAAGAUAGUUUUACCAUCCAAUUCAACCACUCAAAAAACUAGAGUUUGCACUAUGAUUUAUGAGUAGCCACUUUCAGAAAUUCGAUCAAAGACAUUUGAAAUAUGGUUGGCAAUAGAGAUAGCCUACUUUUUAAGAGUGCCAGUUAAGUUGAUUGUGUAUGAUAAACACUUAAUGUGUUAAACAAAGUAAUUAGGUCAAUGUAGUAUCUAAGGAUAGCACUCAACAAUUGAAUUCAAUAAUCUAGGCAUUUAUUAAUAAUACACAAAAAUAUUCUCGUUUUAUAAUCCUAAUCCAGUCAAAAUUGAUGUUUCUUAUAAAUAAAAUGAAAGAAAAAAGAAUCAAAUAAGAGUAUUAUUGGCUAAUCGAAAUGAUAUCAAAUCAGCUUCAAAGCGUAAAUUUUCAUUUGAAAUGUAACCUUAUACAAGAAUUGAAUUGAAAGUCAUUAUUAACACAAAUUACUAUGAAAUAUUGGCCAAUAGUAAAUUAACUUUUAGAACUUAAUAUGAAAUUAUUGAAGUUGAUGUGACUUAUUCAGUUUAAAAAGGAUCUGUCAAUUACUAUCCUUCUGUAAUUACAUUAGAUCCAGGGAUGACAACAAAAGUUCAAUAGUUUGAUAUUUUUGUAAGAAGUACUUUCAGUCAAAAAAUUUAAUUGUUAUAAGUUGAAAAUCAAUAAAUAAAGCACUAGAAUAUAUCUUUACUUACAAUGGCAACUAGUAUUCCAACUAAUUCUAGAUCUGACAUUCUUCAUGUGGAUUAUAUGGGUAAAUAAAAUUUCUAUUCUGAUUCUAAAUACCAUAAAUAGUAGGCAAAAGAAUUAUUGAAUUCUUUUGGACGAAAUAAGAUAAAGAUUUAAACUGAUGUCUUGUAAGAUUCUGAAAUUCUAAUCAAUUAUAAAUCUAAUUAAAAAUUUAAUGAAUAAAUCUUAAAGAAAAUCAUUAAAUAAGAUCCAAAGAUAUUAAUCUCUUAAUAAACAGUUGUAAUAUCAGAAUAACCUAAUAUUUUUUUUAUAGUCAUCUCAAUCCUCAAUAUGUUAUAUAUAGCUACUUUAUUGAGAAACAAUGUAUAAAAAAUAAAAGAAUUAAAAAUUGUUAUUGAAGGUAAUUUUUCUUAAGAAUAAAUUGAUUUUCAAUCUAUUUUUAAGACACAAGAAUCUAUUUAAUUAUAAAGUAAAUCUGAAACAAAUGAAGUUGUAUCUGACAAAGCAGAUGAGAUAUAGGAUAUGAUAAUAGCUGAAGAUAUUAUGAGUAAGGAGAACAUCAUUUAUACUAAUUUGCAAUCAUAGAUUGAUGAAAGUUCUUCUCAUUUUAGUUAAGGAGAGAGUUUAGAUGAUGAUUAAAUUUCUGAAUAUUAAGAGAAGGUAGUGGAAUAGAGAAAAGUUUCAAAUCAAAAGAAUUUUAAUUUAUUUUAGAGAGUGGAAUUCACUAUACCAACCUAAAUCACUCUUAAUACUCAAUCUUCCUAGGAAUGUUGGGAUACUAAAGAUCCAAUAUUUUUACCAUAAGAUUCUGAUGAAGAAAUGUUGGAUAAAAAUAGUGUUCAGAGAUUGGAAUCAAUGUUGAAUUAAAUUCAACACAAAUUACCUUAAUUUGAGCAAAGUACACUUAAAUUACCAUUAAAAUGGAAUGAAAAUAAUUAGAUAAAUCCAUACUUUCCAAAACCCCCUCCAGGAAUUUGA